UUGGAAUCCAACGUUAGGGGUAAAACCGUCCAUCAUAAAAUUGUCUUUCUCCCAACUCUCAAGGCAUUUUUCUAACCUUCCACGCUGAAGAACAAUCUCUUAGAAACAGAGAGAUUUCUGGCUUUUUCGAGUACACCCCGUAAGUGAAAAUCCUUCCCUUCUCCCUUUAAUGGGGUUUUGGGUUUGCUCUGUUUUUUGUUUUGGUUUGUGGGUUUAUUGAAUCUGCGGCAGUUUCCGAUGCCGGAAAAGGGGUCGCUGCCGGCAACGUCGAAUCCAUGGCUUUUCAGGCCGUCGCAUCUGGUUCAUUCCCGAUUUGGGCUUCUAACGGUGAUGGUUCUUCUCAGUAUGCUGGCCGUUUGGAGUAUCGGUGGUCGUAAUAUCAAGACAUUCAUCAAAGUUUCAACCUCCCCUCAAGAUUUCGUCUCUGUUUCUUCCAAUUUCACCGUUACUCUACAGAGUUUAUCCGCCAAUGAUUCUUACAAACCCGAAAAUUACUCCGAAUCGGUGUUGAUUCAGUCGGUUCCGCCGCAGAAUUCCACCGCCGAACCUCCCGAUGGGUCCGGCGUUGAGUGGUUUUCAGCUGAACUCGAGCCGAAUUUCACCUCCCAUAUUCUCGCUCUCUGGUUGGCUCCCGGCGGCGAGCCUUGCAGUGACUCGAAGACGGCGGACAUCGCCAUCUCCGGCAUGGAACGUCCGGCAACGGUGGAGCUUUCCACAGGGGAUGUUCAUGAAUUUCGAUUUCAAGCUCUAGAUCAAUCCGGUAACCCUCGUUGUUUAGGUGGAGACUAUUUUGAAACUGAUCUUUCAGGGGAUUCGUGGAAAUCUCGGCCGUUUGUUAAAGAUUUUGGGAAUGGGUCUUACUCGUUUUGGCUUCAAAUGCACCCUGAUUUCGCCGGAGAUUAUAAUCUCACGGUGAUUCUUCUGUUUCGACAUUUCGAGGGGCUUCGAUUCUCCCCGACCCGAUUCGCCUACGAUCGGGAGCUUCGGAGAAUCAAGGUUCGAUUUGUUAAGACUAAAGUUGUGUUGCCGGAGAUUAAAAUGUGUCGGAGCUCUGAUUACAGUAGAGAGAUUUGGACCGGACGGUGGACUCGACACGGUCGAAACGACGACUGCAAGAUCAGCAAUGACGGUCGCUACCGAUGUUUUGCGCCGGAGUAUCCUUGCCGGAGCCCUUGGUGUAAAGGCUCAUUGGGGUUGUUGGAGAGCAAUGGUUGGGUUUAUUCUACACAUUGUUCGUUUAAGAUGUUUUCUAGUGAUUCUGCUUGGGAUUGCUUGAAGGGUAGAUGGAUCUUCUUCUGGGGUGAUUCGAAUCAUGUCGAUACGAUAAGAAACCUUCUCAAUUUCGUGCUCGGUUUGCCUGAAAUCCCAGCAGUUCCAAGGCGAUUCGAUCGGAAUUUUUCAAACCCAAACAACUCAACUCAAACCGUUCGAAUUACGAGCAUCUUCAACGGGCAUUGGAACGAUACUCAAAACUAUCAAGGUUUGAAUUCAUUGAGGAAUGAAGGGUUCAGAAACUUGCUUCACAAGUACUUCUCCGAGCGAAUCGUUCCCGACACGAUCAUCAUGAACUCGGGCCUUCACGACGGUGUUUACUGGUUGAAUAUCCGAGCUUUCACAGUUGGGGCAGCCUAUGCUGCAUCUUUCUGGAAACAAGUUAUGGAAUCCAUUAAGCAGAGAGGGUUAACCGUCCCGAAAGUGAUCUACCGGACCACGGUUGCCACCGGAGGCUACGCUCGAACACUUGCCUUCAAUCCUAACAAAAUGGAAAUGUUCAACUGGGUGAUGCUGGAUAAGUUGAAGGAAUCGGGGAUCGUCAACGGCGUGAUCGACAACUUCGACAUGACGUUCCCUUGGCAUUUCGACAAUCGGUGUAACGACGGUGUCCAUUACGGGCGAGCACCAGCAAAGCUGAAAUGGAGGGACGGCGAGAUUGGGCACCAAUAUUUCUUGGACCUCAUGUUAGCUCAUAUUCUUCUCAAUGCACUCUGUAAUUGAGAUUGAUCAAUCCAUUUUUCCUCAGAAUUUUGGUAUUUUUGUAAUAUAGUUGUUGGCUCGACAAUUGAACCCUAUCGAACCAUAUCUGAAUUAAAAGGAUUUUGAAGAUACGAG